CUGUAAGGUUAGGCCUUCUGUUUUCAACAUGGUUGAUCAAGAGUGGACUUCUGCAACAUUUCAUCUUCCACAAACUCAUGCAUCCAUUUCUCCUGUCCCUCCCUAUUCCAGAGAACAGCCCAUCUUCACCACCAGAGCACAUGUCUUCCAAAUUGACCCCAGCACCAAGAAGAACUGGGUUCCUGCAAGCAAGCAGGCUGUAACUGUUUCCUACUUCUAUGACAGCACAAGAAACAGCUAUCGGAUUAUCAGUGUGGAUGGAGCCAAGGUGAUUAUAAACAGCACAAUCACACCUAAUAUGACCUUUACUAAAACAUCGCAGAAGUUUGGUCAGUGGGCGGACAGCAGAGCAAACACUGUGUUUGGUUUGGGUUUUUCCUCCGAACAGCAUCUAACAAAGUUUGCAGAGAAAUUCCAGGAAGUAAAAGAAGCUGCACAACUAGCAAGAGACAGAUCUCAAGAGAAAAUUGAGACUUCAAGCAAUCAUUCCCAAGAAUCUGGACGUGAAACACCAUCUUCUACUCGGGCAUCCAGCGUGAAUGGAACAGACGAUGAGAAGGCAUCUCAUGGUGGCCCUGCUGAUGCGCAUCUUAAAAGCGAGAAUGACAAACUGAAAAUUGCUUUAGCCCAAAGUUCUUCCAAUGUAAAGAAAUGGGAAACAGAAUUGCAGACUCUGAGGGAGAGCAAUGCUAGGCUGACCUCUGCGCUCCAAGAAUCUGCUGCCAGUGUAGAGAAUUGGAAAAAGCAGUUUUCAGAAUGCAAGGAAGAAAAUGAUCAACUCAGGAACAAGAUUGAAGAGCUAGAAGAACAAUGCAAUGAAAUAAAUAAAGAGAGAGAGAGAAAUGCACAGCUGAGCAGGCGCCUCCAGGAACUGGAAUCAGAAGUUCAAGACAAAGAACUAGAAUUGGAGGAUCUUCGAAAACAGGGUGAAAUUAUACCCCAGCUAAUGUCAGAAUGUGAAUCUGUAUCUCAGAAAUUACAGACUGCUGAAAGAAAGAACAGAGAGCUUGAGGAGAAAGUGAGAACGCUAAGGACAAAUGUUGAAGAGAACAAACAGAGACAGAACAACCUUAAAACUGAAUUAAAGAAUUUUUUAGACGUACUAGAUGGGAAGAUAGAUGAACUACAUGAUUUCCGACAAGGACUGUCUAAACUGGGAGCUGACAACUAGAUGACGACAUAGUUUUGUAAUCUAGGGCCUGAAUGUUUGGUGUUCCAUUGAUCCCAAAUGUGUGUUUACAAAAUAUGACUAGAAUGUUCCACUUGUUUGCAUUGUGUUUGUAUAUACAGGCUGAAAAUUUGCUGUGUUUUUUUUCAAACCAGUUGUGCUGCUCAUUGAAUUCUGUUGAGAAGAGAAAUGAUUUGUAUGCAGCUCUGGCUUUGUGGGUUAGUGAACAGGUGGAGGAUUCUGGCUCAGGAAUCUGGAACUAGAUCUACCUUAAAUGAAUAUGCAGUUAGUUGUUGCAGGGAAAUUUAUAUCUUUCUUAAGGGCUGUUGCAACCAUAGAAACAGAAAACAAGUAUUUUCUAGUCCUGACUAUCAAUAUUCCUAGCAACAUGCAAUUGUAUUUUUGUUGUUGAGUAUAGUGAAGUUAAGAUUAGAGGGGGCUUCUGCUGUGUGCAAUGCAGUUUGGUAAAAUGUGUCUGAGCUGCAGUCAAGUGUAGCGAAUCCUACUAAGUAGAUAUUAGGAACAAAUCAAUAAAGCCUAAAUCAAAUCAAAUUUGCAGAAAGAAACCAACAUGUUUAUACUCCUGUGACCUUUGAUAUGGGGUUUACCAUGUAAAUGUAUGUGCACAUAUAGCACUUUGACUGCAACAUUACAGAUUGUCUCAGCUCUCUUAUUUAUUGAUUUGAAAUACAACAGCUGAUGACAACUUGUCUCAUUUAACAAGAGCAUCUUUUUCCUCACCCCUAGAGUUUACAUUCAUAUAAUUAAGUAAAUCAUUACAUAUUUGAAAAAA